GCGACAGAAGAAGAAGAUUUGCCUUAUUAAGAGUGAAUCGAUGUCAAUUUCUCUAAGCCAAAAUUCUCCCGGAGAAGCUUCUAUGAAUGACAUUUAGUUGUUCGUUUCGUCGUCUUUCGCCUCCAUUGCUACACUUAAGGGUAAUCCUCUGUGACAGUUUCUCUCUUCGUCCCCUUUACUUCGUUUUUUCUUCUUUCCGCAAUUCCAAUUAGUUCUCUCAUCUCUGUGUGCUUACUAUGGAGAUUUGAAGAAAAGGCGAUCACUUUGGCUGACGAAUCCCAAUUAUCAUCUAGGGUUUGCUUCAGAAUGCUUUUGAGUCGUUAAAGUUCAAUACUUUAGCUUUAGCACUUGGAUCUUAGAUGAUGCUACUUCUUGUUUAUUAGUCUAGUAGUAGUUCUAGCUUUUGCCCACUCCGUUGUCUUUGUUCUUGAUGCGUUGUAUUUGUUCUUGAUGCUGUUGUUUUGAUCUGUAAUGCAUCUUUCAAUUUGUAUUUUGGUGUGCAUUAGUAGAUUGAUUCAAGAACAAUCAUUACUGUCUUAUACUGAACAUGGUGACUCUUUCCAAGUCUCAUGUCAUACUAAUCCCAUUACUCUUCUUCGUUUCGCCAUUGCUCUCCACUUCGACACCUAUCAACAUUUGGCCAAAGCCCAGAUAUCUCUCAUGGCCUCAGCAUAUAGCCAUUGCCCUCUCUCCAGAAUUCACCAUCCUUCCCCCUAAACACCAAUACCUUUCAGCCUCUGUAACACGUUAUCUCAACCUGGUCCGCUCUGAGAAUUACUCCCCACUCGUUACACAUCCUGUCAAAGUUAUGAAAGGUUACACCUUGAGCAACCUUAAAGUCAUUGUUACUGAUCUUUCUCUUCCGCUUCACCAUGGUGUUGAUGAGUCUUAUAACCUAUCCAUCCCCAUUGGCAGCUCUUCUGCCCACUUGUUAGCUCGCUCGGUUUGGGGAGCUAUGCGUGGCCUUGAGACAUUCUCUCAGAUGAUUUGGGGAACAUCUCCUGAUUUGUGCUUGCCUGUUGGAAUUUCUAUUCAGGAUUCACCUUUGUUUGGCCACAGAGGCGUUUUGCUCGAUACAUCGAGGAAUUACUAUGGAGUAGAUGAUAUAAUGAGAACAAUCAAGGCCAUGAGUGCAAACAAACUCAAUGUGUUUCAUUGGCAUAUCACUGACUCGCAAUCUUUUCCGUUAGUACUUCCUUCUGAACCUUCACUCGCUGCAAAAGGAUCUUAUGGACCAGACAUGGUAUACACUCCUGAGGAUGUCUCCAAGAUUGUUCAGUAUGGUUUUGAGCAUGGAGUUAGAGUACUUCCUGAAAUAGACACUCCUGGCCAUACAGGAUCAUGGGGAGAAGCUUACCCGGAAAUUGUGACAUGCGCCAACAUGUUUUGGUGGCCUGCUGGUAAAAGUUGGGAUGAGCGGUUAGCUAGUGAACCCGGGGCUGGUCAGCUUAACCCCUUGAGUCAAACAUAUGAUGUUGUUAAAAACGUCAUACAAGAUGUUGUUAAGCAAUUUCCAGAAUCUUUCUUCCAUGGAGGUGGAGAUGAAGUCAUCCCAGGCUGUUGGAAAACUGAUCCUGCCAUCAAUUCUUUCUUGUCCUCUGGUGGAACACUAAGUCAGCUUCUUGAAAAGUACAUAAACUCCACAUUACCUUACAUAGUGUCAAAGAACCGUACAGUUGUUUACUGGGAAGAUGUUCUGCUGGAUGCACAGAUCAAGGUGGAUUCAUCGGUUCUACCAAAAGAGCACACAAUCUUACAGACUUGGAACAACGGUCCUGAGAACACAAAGAGAAUCGUAGCUGCUGGUUACAGAGUAAUUGUCUCUUCAUCGGAGUUCUACUACUUAGACUGUGGCCACGGCGGGUUUCUAGGGAAUGAUAGUAUAUAUGAUCAGCGAGGAGGCGGCGGUGGGUCUUGGUGUGCACCUUUCAAGACGUGGCAGAGCAUAUACAACUAUGAUAUAACUGAUGGUUUGCUCGAUGAGGAAGAGAGGAAGCUGGUACUAGGAGGAGAAGUUGCGUUAUGGUCAGAGCAAGCUGAUUCGACGGUUUUAGACUCACGGCUUUGGCCACGUGCCUCUGCUUUGGCUGAGAGCUUGUGGUCAGGGAAUAGAGACGAGAAAGGUGUUAAGAGGUGUGGUAAAGCUGUGGACAGGUUAAACCUUUGGAGGCAUAGGAUGGUGAUUAGAGGGAUUGGAGCUGAACCAAUUCAGCCAUUGUGGUGUGUAAAGAAUCCUGGGAUGUGUAAUACAGUUCAUGGCGCUCUUCAAGAUCGAUAAAAGAGGAAAGUUUCGAAAUUGGAUCCGACUCAAAGAAUGCAGAAACAUAAUCCUGAUCAGCGUCUUUUGAUUGUUGUAAUCCUGACUUAAUUUUUGUAGUAGUUAUGGGUUGUAAUGCUCACAUGCUGAAGUUUGUGGGUUUUUUGUAUUAAUACUUAAAAGUUAUA